UCCCAGACAUUCACAGUCCAGUGCCGAAUAAUGAUGUUUGCACGUGACGCGGCCCCGUCGCGGCGUCGUCGAAGGUUCAGUUGGCGGCCGUGACUGACUCAGUGACGGUGCAGCCGGCGUCGUGCGAGCGCCUCUGUCUCCAAAAUACAUUUUGUUUACCCAACAUUCGUAUUUACAACUUUGUAACAACAUAUUAUCAUAAAAACGAUUAACUAUUUAUACGAUUGAACAACUUGCAGAUGACGUUAUGCUUUGAUUUACAAGGUUUUAACGAGUUUCGGUUAUCUGUGUUUGUAAUUUGAUUGUUGAUUAAUAAAAGUGAAUCUAUAGAGUGCGCAGUAUUAAAGAGUGGUGGUAACGAAUGAAGAUUUAAAUACUUGAGUUUAAAUUGACAUUUUAUAAGAGCAGUUACAAGUUAAUUGGAAAAAUGAGUGAGGCAAAGGCCAUGAUUGGAAGCUGCACAUGCCCACCCGGAGCCGCCAAGUUGCUGCCGUUAUCCCGGGUGCUGGUGCGGCAGAAGAUGACUGUGUUCAAGGGCAACAAGUACGUGGUGACCGACCCUGACGGGGAGGUGCUGUUCUACGCCAAGGAGACCGGCGGCGUCAUGCUCAUGAGCGCCAAGAGCAGGCCCUUCCACAUCAACAUCCAUGACGCGCAGGAUAAUGAGGUGAUGACGCUCCGGCGGCCGUACACGUUCGGGCCAGACAAGAUGAAGGUCUGCAUCGGCGGGCAGCUGGUGAGCGUGGUGCGCCAGGAGUUCACCUUCACGAAGCCCGUGCUGCAGAUCAACGACGCCAACGACCAGCCCGUGCUGCGUGUCAAGGGGCCCGUCGUCACCGGCUUUGAGCCCGACUACGUGAUACAAACCGCCGACAAGCGGCCCAUCGGCGUGAUCAAGCGCGUGUGGCGCGGCUGGCGCACGGCGCUGACGGACGCCGACAGCUUCCACCUGGAGUUUCCCGUGGACCUGGACGUGCGCUUCAAGGCCGCCAUCAUUGGCACCUGCUUCCUCAUCGAUUACCUGUACUUCGAGAACUGAAUCAGUAACGAAGAGAGAACUUUACUACAUAUUCGAAUAUUAUCUUUAAAAUAUUCAAAUUGUCUACUUAUUGCAUAACAUUACAAAUAGUGGAUAAGUGGUUAAAGAUUAAUAUUACCUACCUAGAAUUAACCGUGGAAUGUGUUUUAAGUUUUUAUGUUACUUAAGGUUAAGUAAGUAUUUGUAUCCAGUAAGGCGAUUAUCACACUGCGCCGCGCUCCGCCGCGGUCCGCGUGAUUUCAUAUAAAAAAUCCCGCGCGCAGACGCGUUGUCAGUGUGUUGUACCGCGCGUGUUUUCUAUACAAACUGAGGCAUAUGAGGUAUACUUGCAUACAAUGAUUAAAUCUGUCGUCCCGUGUACCGCGGCGGAGCGCGGCGCAGUGUGAUAAUCGCCUAAGAAUGAUGCAUCUCGUGUGACGUUCAACAUUUUAGUAAAUACCUAUCAUAAAAAAAAAUCCAGAAAGAGUCAGAAAGGUCUUAUUUUUAUGUACUAAUUUUGGUUCGAUGAGACUUAUGGUUCUUUAAAGUGAAAAUUAAAGAUCUCAUAGCAUACAUUUUGACAGCAUCAUAAGUAGCAUUAACCGAUUGAGUCCCAGACGGCAUUAAUUAAUGUCAUAACAAUUGAUUAUCUAUUGUGUCUAGAUUCGCGGAGCUUGAAGGAUUAAUGAUGUAAUGGAAUCCAAAGUACAGCAGAUUGCUAAGUGGUUCAUAAAGUUAAUUAAUAUUUUUACAACUAUGCAAAUACUCGUACUUACUAUCAAACUAAACUUACUGUAAGUAGGUAAGUUAAGAACAUAUGACACUCAUUUUAUUUUUGCAAGUAGGCUUUUAAAACAAUAAAUGGGAUGAGAAGAAGCAGUCCAAGAGUUCUUACUAUUGUCAGCCUCUUCCUCAAAGGUUUACAGUCUUUAAAAUAUACUUACAUUUAUAAAUAUUGCUGUCUGAACUUUUGCAAUGAAGAUGAAUCCUAGUCUAAUAACUUUUUUGUAACGCAUUUAUAACUUAACUUACGAUUAAUUAUUUUGUUACAAGUUUUAUAAAUAGUUAAAUAAAAUUCUUAUUAUUUUUAA